CUCGGGGCGCCCAGCAGCGCUUCGUGAGGCCCCCGGGGCGGGGCGACGGACCUGGAGCGACCCCAUCUGCCCCCCCGGCGAAGGAGGCUCCCCACCCCCCUUCUCCUGCAGGUGACAUUGUCUCCCCCUCCCGCUGCACCCCCAUGGGUUAAGGACCAGCCCCCCCCCCCCCCGAGUGACUCCCGCUCCCCACCUCUGCGAUGGGGGCCCCCUUCCCCUGACUCUCCCCCCCACGCCGGGACUGUGAUUUACCGGGGGCGGGGGGGAAGCAGGACCCCCCCUUCUCCCCACCCGCAUCCCCUGCUGGCACGGAGCUCCCCCGCGGGUGGGGCACGCGCCCUCCCCCCAGCCACCAGGCUCCAGAGCCCCCCCUCCCCACCAAAGGUCACAGCCCCCUCCCUGGCAUCUCCCAGCCAUAGCCCGGCAGCCCCCCCCCGCCCCAUGGCGGCCAAGUGGUUCAGGGAGUUCCCCUCCAGUCUGAAGACGGCUUCGGAGCGGGCCAGGCCGGGCAGCGGGAGCUUGGGCAAGCUGUGCAGCGCCUCCCGGAAGCCCCUGGGCCCCGCCGAGCCGGGCCCCGGCCCAGUGCAGGGCAAAAACCGCAAGAACUCGGCGGCCGAGCUGGGGGGCUGCCGGGCGGCUCCGGGGCCCGGCAAGGAUGGCGGCAGCAGGCUGUCCCGGGACAACCUGCAGGGGCUGAUCCAGGCGGCCACGGGCAAGAUGCGCAAGAACUCACGGGCGGAAGGCAGCCCCCAGGAGGGCGCCCCCAAGGGCCCCGGCUGCAGCACCUACAUGAACCGGCUCAUCAAGGUGGACGCCCAUGAGAAGAAUGGGAAAAGCUACCCCAGCGGUAGCCCAGCGCCCAGCCCGGCGCCGGAGGAGGACAAGGGCAAGACCCCUAAACAGGAGACGGUCAUCAUUCUGGAGGACUACGCCGACCCAUACGACGCCAAGCACACCAAGGGCCAGCGGGAGGCGGAGCGGCUGGGGGAGAAUGACGGAUACAUGGAGCCCUACGACGCGCAGCAGAUGAUAACGGAAAUCCGCAGGCGGGGCUCCAAGGACCCGCUGGUCAAAGCCAUCCUGCUGCUGGACGGGCCCGGGGAGCCGGGGGAGGGCGGUCCCCGGCCGGACGCGGCACCCAAGCGGCAGGGCUCCAAGGAGCAGCUAGGGAAGGCCCCGCCGCAGCUCUAUGACACCCCCUAUGAGCCCGGGGAGGCACCGGCCAGCACCCUGCAGGACAGGAGGGCGCGGGUGGUGGACAGCCGGCUCCCGGAGAACGACGAGCGCCCUGCCGCGGAGUACGAGCAGCCCUGGGAGUGGAAGAAGGAGCAGAUAGUGAAGGCUCUGUCAGUCCAGUUUGAGGGAGCAGAGCGGGCGGGCGCCCCCAAGGAUGAGGCGCUGCGGCAGCACCAUCGCCAGAAGAGCUGGACUCCCAAGACCCUGAAGCCGACGCUCCCAGACCACGGCGAGGGCGAGCGAGUGGACCCAGCCCUGGCGCUGGAGAAGCAGCCCUGGUACCAUGGAGCCAUCACCCGGGCCGAGGCCGAGAGCCGGUUGCAGCCCUGCAAAGAGGCCGGUUACCUGGUGCGGACCAGCGAGACGGGGAAUGGCAAAUACUCCAUCGCGCUCAAGACCAGUCAGGGAUGCGUCCACAUCAUCGUGGCCCAGACCAAGGACAACAAGUACACACUGAGCCAGACCAGCGGGGUCUUCGGCAGCGUCCCCGAAGUGGUGCAUCACUACUCCACGGAGAAGCUGCCCUUCAAAGGGGCGGAGCACAUGACCCUGCUGCACCCCGUGCACAGCAAGCUGCAUUAGCGCGGCCAUGCCCAGCCAGCUGCCUGGGGCUUCGCCACGGACUUCGGGGCAGCCAGGGGGCCGGGCGGGCUUGUGCGUGGAGCCAGGUGCAUCGCGGGAGCGGCAAGCGCUCCGGGGCCCAUCCUGGGCAGAGUCAAAGACCCCGCUCCCCAGCACAUCUGAUCUCGUUCCAGCCAGGGCCCGGUCACUGUCUGCAGGACGGCGCCCCCGUUGGCUAGCCGGGGCUGCAGUCUGGGAACGCUCUGCCCCACGGAGAGCCCCCUGGGCCCUGCACAGAGCCGGAGCUGCCAGGCUUUGGUGCCAGUAUAAAGGGAUGUUGGGAUUGCCGGAGCGGAUCGUCCCGCAGGCCGGCUGGCCCACUAGCCUGUCUCCCAAUGCCCUGCUCCGGGGGGGUGACCCCGCGCUGCCUGGGACUGUCAGUCAGCGUGACCCUGGGCAGCAAUGGGCACGGGGCCGAGCAGCUGCUCCUGGUCCCAAUCCCCUUCAAGGCCUGGCACAGGCCAGAGCUCCUCCCCCGCUGGCUCCUGGCCACUGUCUGGGAGGGUGACGUCCCCUUUGGCUUCCUGGGGUCUCUGAUGGUUGUGGGCAGCUGGGGCCCGGCUCCACUGGCACGUUGGGCAGCCGUUCUGCUUCCCUGACUCUCCCGCACCCCGGGAGGCCCCUUUGCCCCCCUGCUUUCUGUCCAGCGCAAGAUGUUUGACUCGACCGCACGGUAUCUCCCUGCUGGGAGCAUCCUUGUGACCCUCCGCUGCAAGGUCAUUCCCCCUCCAGGCCUUCUCUCCCUUCCAGUCUUCCCCACCCCUGGCGUAGCCCAAAGCCAGGGCCAAACGCCUGCAGCCGGCGCUGUCCAAUACUGAGUCUGCAGCCGACUGCCCCGUGGGUUACGUGAUCUCCCCAGCGAAUUCUCAGCUUCCCCAGGUGGGCAGUAGGCUUGGCAGGCUGGUUGGACCACCUCAGCAUAGGGGCAGGAUGCGUGUGACAAAUGGGAAAGGGAUCCGCUGCUGUUCCCAAUUGCCACCUUGGCUUCCUCUUCGCCCGGCCUGAAACGCUGCUGUUCUGGCCCAGGCCUGUGGGGUGAGUGACGGCCCUCGUGGCGGGGACCCAGGCCGUGAAAGCCAGCGAGCCAGGAGCUGGCUGGAUAGGAGCCGGCGGUAGGAGUGGAGGGCAGCCUCUGUGUUCGGGUAGUGCAAGACACACACCCUGGCAAGUGGUAAUGGCCAGGGCCCCCCCGGCAGGCGGUAAUGGUCCCCCCCCGGCAGGUCUUGCACUAGGUUGCGGGAAGGGCAUUUUUCUGACAUGCUUUCACGUCCCAAUAGGGUCAUUAGAUGGGCCGAGUCCUGGCUUCGAAUGACGUCACUCCCAUUCAGCCUGGGGCUCUUCACAUGCCCUCUGCGGGGAAGUCCCCUACGGUUUUCCUCGGGGAGCAGCAUUUGACAGAGGGGUCGUUCCGGGGUGCCCCUUGGGCCCGUUCCCAGGGGCCUGCCUGCCCGUACUGCUGGCAGUGCCUGAACGAGGACUUGCCCGAUGGAAGGGGGCACACGGCGUUACGUACUCUGUAAGCCUGGCCGGUUGCCUCUCCAGACUCUUAAGUACCUGCCUGCUCCGGUGGGGCCUGAGUGAGGGGCAGCAGGACUGGCACUCUGGCUUUCUCCCUGUAACGGGGCCUGGUCCCGGAGCCACAAGCCCCAAGUCGGUUCAGGCGCUGCCCCCGGGAACAGGAGUAAACCCCUGGGAGCUGGCACUGCCGCCGUCCGGCACUGGGCUUCGUUCUGCCAGGCCUUGCUUCAGCAAAGCCCCCCGGCUGGUCGGGGCUCAGGUUAGCACCUGCUUUGCUGACUUGGUGCCUGGCAGGGGAUGCAAACUGCCAGCAGAGCCCCCAAUCCCCCGGCGGCCGCCCCCUCCCCACUGCUCUGCCCCCUACACAGAGCCAGGGGCUCCCCCGUCAUCCCUGCCCCCUGGGGUGGGCAGAGUCCAGAAAGGGGCCAAUUAGUGCUCGGGUCAACACUGCCACCGUGUGGCGAGGACUCUGCAGUACAGGGUGGGACCAGGCAAGGAAGGAAAAUGUUCCCUUUAGUUGCAUGGCCUGAGGAGUUCCCAGGCAGGUUCUCCCUGCUGGAGCGUGGCCGGAGACACAGGCCGGCCAGCUGUGGUCGCUCCAGGCUGAGGCUCUGUCCUCAAUGCGGAGUUAGCUCUGCUCCAUUUACCCUGUGCCAGCCACCUCCGGGCAACGCACCAACACCCUCGCGUGCAGGGUGGGGGCGACACGUGCGUUAGCUCUGCCGAGAGGACAUGCCCUAAGCGCCUUUGCCCCUCCGACGGAAUCGAAUCCCCUUCCCCAAGCGAGCCAGGCUGCGGCUGGGUCUAGCCGGUGUCCCAGGGGAGUCGAGUUAGCAUGUGCAUGCAGCUCGCGUGCCUCCCAGGCAGGGCCGGCUCCAGGGUUUGGGCCGCCCCAAGCAGCCAAAAAAAAAAAAAAAAAAGCCGUGAUCUGCGGCGGCAAUUCGGCGGAAGGUCCUUCGCUCCAACUGGCAGUGUGGGAUCAUCCGCCGAAUAGCUGGACCUGCCGCCCCUCUCCGGAGCGGCCGCCCCAAGCACCUGCUUGCCAAGCUGGUGCUGGAGCCGGCCCUGCUCCCGGGAAGCGGCCAGCUGGACUAAAGCUCUCGGAGACGCUCCUGGGUUGGGCAAGAGCGUGGCAGAGCGUCCCGGCAGGUCGUCAUGCUUUCUUUGGGUCGGCUGUUAGCACAGCUGUGCCCCAUGGGGCUGCAUAGCCAGUGUUAGACCUUUGAUCUUUGGAGACGGUGUCUUUAACCAGCUGCUUGUCUGUAUUCAUUGUUUUUAACGUAUUUAUGAUGUUGCCCGAGGUGGUUUUAUGACGUCUCUGACUGUCGGGUGAGAACUGACUCAAGGCUGCUUGCAGCCAUGGUGCUCGGAGGAAAUAAACUGUCACUUCAAGGAAAAGCCUG